GGUACAUGUUACGCAGAGCUGUAUUGACAGGAAGUCAUUAUUCACAUUCAUAACACGUUGGUGCUGGAGCAUCCAGGCAUAUGUAGGCCAGCCUAACAUUCACGGAUCACACAAUACAACACAAUAAUCUACAAUAAGUAGAAUGGACCAGUCAACACGACCUGGGGAAAAACGACGCAAUUUAAGGCAGUCAACCUCAGAACCACCAGUAAAAUCUCCGGGAACUAUGGAUGGUUUCAGCUGUGACUUUUCACGAAUAUCUAUCACAUCAAUGGAAGAACCAAUCUCUGAGGGAUCAUAUCAAAACAAUGUGACUGUCAAUGGGGUUCAUCUUCAGCCAGAGGAGCUUCCCGGGUUUAUGGCUCCUUAUACACCCUUAAGGAAUGUUUAUGACUUCUCAGACAACAAUAACCAAUCAGAAUUUACACAACAGGCUGUUCAAGUUCAACAACAACAUCAAUCUGAACCAAUGAACUACAUUAAAUGCAAUGAAUGUCCUCAACAGGAAAACUCCACUCUACCCAGAAGGCACGCUGUCCCCAAAUACCGCAAAAAGAGACGUGACAGCCAAUGUUUGAUGGACUGUUAUAAGACUGCGAAGGAGGAGCGUCGUCGUAAAGUUAGCUGUAAAGAAAUCACAUUGGAGUUUUUACGUCGUAAAUCAAGUGGGGGUGGCAACCAAAAGCCAGAGAUCAGAUCGGUGAGCCCAUUUGACGACAGCAUUUCAGAGCAGCAUGAGUCGCCACAUAUUAUAUCACCACUUAUGUUCAGAUUCUUGGAGGAUACCGACAUAGCCAAACAAGUGGAUUCUGGUAAAAUACCUCCUCUGAAGUCGAUGCAGGGCCGACGUGGUCGUAAAACAGGUAUAGUGGCACCACCACCCCAAUGGCUCAAUGAAAAGGUUCAUCAGGACAAUGCUGACUCAUCUGAUACAAGCAGUGUAAACUUAAGCCUUGGUGAAAAUAUUCAUUACCCCUCUCCCAGCCAUUCGAAUGUCUCAGACAGUGUCCUGCUUGGCCUAGACCAAAAUCAGGGCCCUCGUAUCAGCACUGGCUCUUUCCCAGGAGAGCCAACCAUCCCCGCAUUUAACCGACCGCUGUCUCCAAGUGCAAGAUGCUUUAGUAUGGAGGGAUACAAUGGAGCAGAGAUGCGGGAACAAAAACAGGACACUCAGAUAUUGUUAUUUGAUUCAACACCAGAUUUGACCAUUGAUAACCCGCGUUUCCCGAGUAUGCGUAACUGCCGUAGAGGGGCGAUCUGUUAUGACUAUAUUGACACUCUUACAUGGAGGGAACCUCCACGACAAGCUGCUGGAAGUAGUAUAAGCAGCACAAGUGAGACCCCAUAUUGAAUCUGCUUGGAGGAUAAACCAUCUGGUGAACCUUCAAUUAAAAACAUACAAGUACAAAUUUUAAAGGGCCAAUAUAUAGUUUAAACCACUUUGGUCAAUACAGCAGUCUUCUUAAUAUAUUAUUACUCAGCCUUUAAGACCAAAAGCAGACCAAAAGUGUACCUUGUUGAGAAGUCCAGACUGACAGUUAACCUACAAAAAGGUCUAAUUAUGUCUGAAGGCUGAAAUAGACAGAAUAGACUGAAAGGGCACCCGUUUACUUAUAAUUUUUAAUAAUAGAAAGUAGAAGUCUUCAUAAACCUAUAUCUAAUUGAUUGGAUAAUGUAAUAUUCUAAAAUAUAAUAAGAC